CUGUUGAUUUUGGCAGGUCUCUAGGAUUUGCAUCUCCUCUGCCCAGGAAAGCAUGGCCGCGGAGAGGAAGGUUGUCAAAACCGUGCUCAGUAAGGAGCAGGCGCAAGGAGUCGGGGCUCGCGUGCGGAGGAGUAUCGGCCGGCCCGAGUUGAAAAAUCUGGAUCCAUUUCUACUGCUUGAUGAAUUCAAAGGAGGCAAACCAGCUGGCUUUCCUGAUCACCCUCACAGAGGUUUUGAAACAGUAAGUUCUGAAACCAUGGUUGAGAUGGCAGCAAUGGUGGAAUCUUCUUCAUACUUGAUUGGCAGUAUAAAUCUGUCAUAUGGAAGGAAUGGGCAGCAAGGACUUACUGUAACUGACCAACAUGGCAAGCUCUCUGUCUCUCUGGAACAGUUCCUUCAUGUGCCAGCAGGUGGCAUUGCUCAGCAACAGUUGGGGCUGACAGAUGAAUUAAGCUUCUGGAGUUACUCAGUGUCCCUUCACAAAAUGACGGCUGGCCGUGGGAUUCUCCACGCAGAGAUGCCCUGCUCCCAAGAGCCAGCCCAUGGCCUGCAGCUCUGGGUCAAUUUGAGAAGCUCUGAGAAAAUGGUUGAACCUCAGUACCAAGAGCUGAAAAGUGCAGAGAUACCCAAACCAUCACAAAAUGGUGUGACAGUGUCCGUGAUUUCAGGAGAGUCGCUGGCUGUCAAGUCCAAGGUGUAGACUGGUACACCGACGCUGAUCUAUCUGGAUUUCAAGCUCAACGAAGGAGCAAAACAUGUGCAGCCAGUUCCCCAAGGUUGGACAGCGUUUAUUUACACCCUUGCUGGCAACAUGUAUAUUGGUCCUGCUGGUGCUCAAAAGAAGGCAGAGCCCCACCACACUGCUGUGUUGGAUGAUGAGGACUGUGUUCGGGUCGAGAACAAGGAUCCUGAGGUAAGCCACUUUGUAUUAGUGGCUGGUGAGCCACUUAAGGAACCGGUGGUUCAGUAUGGUCCCUUUGUGAUGAAUACUCAGGAGGAAAUUCAACAAGCCAUUGAUGACUUCAGGAAUGCAAGGAAUGGAUUCGAGAGAGCUACCACUUGGAAAUCUAAGAUUGGGAACUAAUGACCUGAGGCGUCAGAAGUGAAACUGUUCAGCUUUUCAUAUUAGCAGUUGUAUAUACUUCAGUAGUUUUUGUCCUCAUUCGUGAAUUACCUCAUUCUUUCAGUGGAGUCAGACGAGUGCAUCUGAUGGAACCCAAAUAAGGUAUCUGCAAUAUGCAUAGAACAAAGCUUUUAACUUUUAGCAGUGCUUUAGAUGAGCACAUUGUGAAACAAAUAUAUAGAUGGUUUUUUGUUACUUUGUUAGCAAAAAUACACUAACUUUAAAUACACAAUCUCAUAGCCUUUGUUUGUAAAAACAUAGUUUUAAUAAGUCUUGAAACAGGAGCAAAAAGUUACAGUGCGCAGGCUACAUACUACAAGGUUGGAAGAACUACUGAUAGUGUGCGAUACUAUUCAAGAUUAUGUGCUGAAGUUUCAUGUUUCAGGUAAUUGUCCUUUAAAGUAAUGGUAUUCCACAUCUCGUCAGUCAGUUCGGCAACUGCUACACCAUUGGCAGGGACAAAAUGGGAUAACAGCCAAAAUGUGACUGUGUUUUCUACCAGUGUCUGUAUCAGAUUUAAGUUGCAGGCUUCUACUGGCUUCCAUGGAGGCUGUGAAAAAAGUUUCAACACAGAGUUGAAUUACAGCUCUCUCCAGCUCAAAACAUUGGCUGUUCUGCUGCUGUCUUAAAAGGAAGCUAACAUGGAACUCCAAAAAACUUCAGCAGAUUUUAACUUUUCCUGGACCACAAAUGAAUAUUGAGUUUAUCUUUGCAUUUAGAUAGGAGAUGGAUUGAGCUUGUGAACUAGAAUCUUAUUAUCUUGCUUCUGGAAAUAUUAACUCAAAAGUCAUAUUAAACAUAUUUUGAAAAAGCAUAUUUUUUUCUAAAGAGCAUCAGCAGGAAAGA